AUGGGUACCAACUGUAAGGGCGAGACAACCAUUUCAGAAGAAACCAGACAUCUCCUUCAUCAGGUCACACUCGUGGUCUUGAGUAGUUCUUUAUUGCUAGUAGGUUCGCUGCGCAGUCUUGACAUCACCAUUAGUAUAACAGAGAGAGGUUUGCAGUUGUCUGUAUACCCAAUUGAUAUCAGAGAAUCCUUUGAGAGAGUUACUAUGUCUCUACAUGAACAACAAGGAGAUCGAUUCCGGGAGAUAUCGCCAAUGACGGAAAGCAAUAAUACGGGCCUGCGAGAAGAGUCUCAAAUCCAAGUUCCGGCCGCAACAGCAACAUAUACGUCUGCAUCACAGUCCCGCAGCCACAGGCCGAGUAUAAAUUCCGAAGGGGUCACAAUGGACGGCCUGUACGCGGCCGUUGCUGGUCAAGAGAGGCGAAGAUACUCAACUAUGGACGACGACUCAGAUAUUUGGGACGUGCCGAGUGAUCCUUACUGUCAUACUGGAUGGGAGUAUGUGCCAACACCGGCUUCAUGGCACAUAAACCAGCUGUUCUCUCUAAUUCAACCAUGGUCUAUCUUCCAGGGGCAUAAGUCAAGGGUCAGGCCUAAGAGUGUCGGUUCAGACAUAAUUUCAGAUUUGAGCGCUGCGUAUUACUGUCACCAAUACAUAUGUUACAAUCAUAAGCCCCUUGUCUACCCCAAGUACGACUACUGUAACCAGAACGCAUGCCAUGCACGGCUUUUCCUUGUGUUUCGCGCGAGAUUCAAGUCGAAGGGGUGGAAAUGUCUAGGCCAUUUUGAGACGCUGGCUGCAGCGGCCAGCAAGCCUGUGAAAAAAGGUGAAACAAAUUACGAAGAGGGUGAGGUCAAUGAGAUAUACGCCGCCGAUGACGGGCAGACGAGGAUUCCAAAGUUCUCUUCAGGUACACUGCAAUUCGAGUUAACUGGUGUCUAG